UUCCGAGUCCGUUCCGGGAGCGGGAGCCCAUCUUGCUCGCUGCCGAAGCCCUCGCUGGAGGAGGAGGGUCAGAGCUCGGGUGCAGCCAAUCGCGGGCAACGCUGCUAGUUAUCAGAGCAGAAUGGGCUGUAGUUUAGUGAAAUAGGAAAGCUGCAAAACACUGUGGAGUGCUCCCGUGUAAAUAAAAAGAGGAAAAAAAAGUUUCUCAAGUGGCCGCUGCACGACGUCGGGCAGGCACCGGGGCGGGGGUCUGCGCUCUCCCGAGCGGCCACGCGCUGGACUUUAUUGUGCCGCAACGAGCCCCAGGUCCCAUUGUUUGUUUUUUUUUUUUUCUUCAAAAUAUGGCAAAGGUUCAGGUGAACAAUGUAGUGGUGCUGGAUAACCCUUCUCCUUUCUACAACCCGUUCCAGUUCGAGAUCACCUUCGAGUGCAUCGAGGACCUGUCUGAAGACUUGGAGUGGAAAAUUAUCUAUGUGGGCUCUGCAGAAAGUGAAGAAUACGAUCAAGUUUUAGAUUCUGUUUUAGUGGGUCCUGUUCCUGCAGGAAGGCACAUGUUUGUAUUUCAGGCUGAUGCCCCUAAUCCAGGACUCAUUCCAGAUGCAGAUGCAGUAGGUGUAACAGUUGUGCUAAUUACUUGUACCUAUCGAGGUCAAGAAUUUAUUAGAGUUGGCUAUUAUGUAAAUAAUGAAUAUACUGAAACAGAAUUAAGAGAAAAUCCACCAGUAAAACCAGACUUUUCUAAGCUUCAAAGGAACAUUCUGGCAUCUAAUCCCAGGGUCACAAGAUUCCACAUUAAUUGGGAAGAUAACACAGAAAAACUGGAAGAUACAGAGAGCAGUAAUCCAAAUCUACAGUCACUUCUUUCAACAGAUGCAUUACCUUCAGCGUCAAAGGGAUGGUCCACAUCAGAAAACUCACUAAAUGUCAUGUUAGAAUCCCACAUGGACUGCAUGUGACCACCUGCCAUCCCUUUAGUACAAAUUAAGCUAUUAAACCCACACAGAACUAUUUCCCUGAAAUUCCGUAAGUACAUAGUCAAGAUACAAUGUGAAGAAUUUGUUUAAAAACAUCCUGUAGAAAGAAAGUUUAUAAGAAAACCAGUAUUUGAACAAAUUGUGGAAUAUAAAUACAGCUAUUUUUAAGUAAUUUUUUUCUCUAAUGUGUUAUUUUAUUUGUCCUGAAACUACUCUAAUUAAAGCAUAUAUAUUAUUUUCUUCUCCUUUACAUGUAAUUAAAGCACUUACAAAGAAAAAUAUGAAUCAUUGGACCAGGUUGUCAAGAUAUGUUAGCCUCUUGGAAAGUAAUCUUUGGACCAUUAAUUUUAUUGGCCUUUGAAAGAACAAAGUUCACUUCAACUAAAAUGUUUCUUCCUAUGAAAACACAGUGUGGUUUAAUUUAAGGGGAAAAUUUCCUUUCUUUUUUGGUAUGGCCUUUAAAAGGGGAUUUGAAAUUAACUAUAGGCUAUUUUCCAGGUCACCCUGAAGCCUCUCAUGGCUACUAUUACAGUUCACAUAAUGUUGGACAAAAUUUGGUUUGUUUUCUAAGAUAAUAACAAAUGUGGCUAAUUGUUUAUAAGGCAACCCUGGCUAUGGUUUUUGUUUUUAUAACAGAGUUUAGCACAUCUGAGCACUUCUUGAAUCAUACAUUGUUACUACCCAAUGAAUUCAAGACCAAAUACAAAUAUCAAGAGCAAAUACAGACUCCCUAAGUUGAAGAAUAGGAGAUUAUAAGGACUCAAAUUUGUCCAUUACAUUUAUAAAAAUAUAAAUAAAUACUAUAAACUUUUUAAAAUUCUUCUGAUCAUUUGUUGUUGGCAGGAUAUAAAAAGAGUAUAUAAAAACAGUGGAUUUAGAAAGGUAUAUUUAGCUUUAUCAUAAUAGUUAAGUCACUAUUUUAGAAAUAUGUAUAUUUUCACAUUUGUACUACUCUUCCCCAUUUUCUCUGACACGAAGAAUGAGAUCAGGCAUAUCUGUGGUUAACAUUUUCUAGAUAGCUUUUCUACAUAAGUUUUUGAAAAGCAGUGUUGGACAGGAAUUCAUUAACUAGAUGGGCUAAAAGGUUCUUUUUGAGAGCUACGUCCUUCCUCAAAAAGUUUCUUAUGUUGUGUUAAAUUAAGGGUAGAAUGUUUUCAUUAUUCUUGCUCAGCAAGACAGCAGUAUAAUGCAGGUUAUGCAGUGCCUUCAUAUAUGAAACUUUUAUACUUGCACUUUUUAAAGGUUUUAUGUUGAGGAAAGAAAGGGCAUUUGUCUAAAUACAGAUUCUAAAUUGUAUAUAUUUCCUAUUAUCCUAAAAAAGUAAAUUUAUGAAGCCAAGUUUUGCCAAAUGUUAAAGUUUGAAAUUUUUAAUACACCAGAUUAAAAUACUGUCCAUUAACUAGUUCAUAGAUUUUAAAAGUAAAAUACUUCUGACUGUUAAACUUGAUGAAGAAAAUCUCAUUUUUGUCUAAUUGCAAUUAAAAGAAAAUGUUAAAAUAUUAAAAUGAAAAUAAAAGCAUUACUUUCCAA